AGACUUGGUGCACAGGGGUCACCAGCAGCUGCCACAGGCCGAGAGCGAUUUCCUUCACACGGUCUGAGGAAGAGGAGGCUUCGGAGUCUUCUCCAGUUUCUUCAGCAGAGGACCAACUAAAUGACCAUGAAGUCGUCAUGUCUGCUUGUCUUGGCUCUUCUCGUGGUCUGCAACUUCACCGUGUCUGGAGGACAGGGCAUCCCCGCGGAGGACGAGACUGACGGGAGGACCAUAGACGACAUCAUUCUACAGAGAGCAGAGAGUCUCCUCCUACGGUCCAUCCUCCAGAAGAUACAUGACGAACACGGCGGAGACGAGGGAUUUUCCUCUCAAGCAGAAUGGAUAACCAAACGGCAGCAUCCCGGAAAGAGGAACGGCGAGGACCUGGAGAAGCGGCAGCAUCCGGGGCGCCGAGAAGAGGACGAGGAUGAGCCGUACUUGGACCUUCAAAGGAGACAGCACCCGGGUAAACGCGAGGAAGAAAUGCGCCCGUUCAUGGAGCUCCAGAAGAGGCAGCAUCCGGGGAAGCGCUUCGCCGCGGGACGCGUUUCUGAAAACCCCGCGGCGCUCCUGGGGGGACUUUCAAAACGACAGCACCCGGGGAGGCGGUACGUGGUGGUGCACAGCAAGCGCCAGCACCCGGGUAAGCGCGACGGGGACGACGACGACGUGGACUGGGACGCGGACGGAGAGGGAGAAGAAGUGGACCUCGUGGAGAUGGAAAAGCGGCAGCACCCAGGCAAACGGUUUUGGGUUACCUCCAGUCCGGAAUUAGGCGCAAACAGUCCGUGUGACGUAUUGGACGCUACGAGCUGCGGCAAAACCAGUCUGCUGCUCGACUUUUUAGACAAAAUCAACGAGAGCCACCACGCCGAGGAGAAGCGACAACACCCGGGGAAAAGGUUUGCGCCCGAGGAGGACUUAGUGGAAGCAGAGUAGCCGAAGUACAAGUCCUCCGCUGUAAUGUUAACCAAUAAAUGUAUAAAUGAAGUGAACACAAGUUAUUAUUAAAAACAAAAAAGAGUUUACACCGUCGAAUCUGUUGUUCCACCGACAGUUACUGUGUCAUCGUUGCAACAAAACAAAAAAAAACAUGUAUCCGCUGUUAGUUCGGUUUGGAGAGCUUGUGCGUAAUUGGGUAUAUCGCUGUAAAAUACGGGGUUCAUCUCCAUUUAAUCACUUGAACUGAUUUGCUAUUUAUUCCGUUGAUUAUAGACUGGUCGUGCUAAAAGUCCCAGAAGGAACGCAUCGGUCCACUGUCCCUCUGUGAGGCGGCACGCGCCCUUCGGUCCAGCAGGCGUCACGGUCAACGGAAGUACCCAACGCGUCGAUCUGAUCCGUGUCUCGUUAUUUUCUACUUAUGUAAACUAUAACGACUACCACCGCAAAAUAAAAUAUGUCUGGUUAUUUUUCUACAUAUUAUUGCAUGUGUUAAGUUCAUUUAAACUUUGCCUUAACGUCAACCACCAAUGUUGGACAAUAAAACGCAAUGGUUAAAAUGUA